AUGUCUGCCUUUCUUCCCACUACGUCAGGAGAGCUCAGUGCUUAUGUUCAGGGUAGGAAUUGGUACUGCCAAGCCUAUUCUGACUACCCAUUUAAUUAGUGGUAGACUGAAAGCAAAAGCCAGGCUUUAAAUAAGACAACAAGAUUAUGCUGAAAAUGUGAAUAUAUAUUGUUAUAGGUUUCAUAUCCAUGAAUCCCUUCCAGGUCUGUGAUCCAGUGAGGUUUAGAAUCUAGCAGAAGCCACUGAACCAGUUCUACUAGCCUCUUUGUGAGGUAAUAGCCUUUGCUGGCCACUUAAGUGCUCUCAUCAGCAUCUCACAGUGCGAGCUAUGUUGUCAUAGUGACAACUAAGUGAUGGUGCUCUCCAGGAGGUGGCUAGACAUUUCUCCACCCCCUUCACCUGGCUAGCUGGUGUUAUCCCAGGGUGGGAACCAUAGGCCAAAGUGGAGUGUGUGUGCAGUGAGUUUUGGCUGAUGCUGGAAUCUGGAGACACAGAGGCUUGUCUCAGUCUGUGCUGGACCCAAAGCUGUGGCUUGGGGCUCUCCCUCGAAAUCUAGCUGGGAGGGCAAAAUCUGCUGGAGUGUUGAUGCUGUGAGCCCUCCCAGCCUAUGCUCGGGUUGCAUAUAUGUGAAAAUAGAACUAUGUAUCCUGAAGACACCACAGCCUCGGUUGAUCUUCAUUCCAAAGAAACCAAACCCAAGGUAAGUGCUAGAACUCAGGGCGUCUCUCACCAUUCAGAGAUUGGGGUGCAUGCAACUGUGUUGAAUUAAAAAUGGCUUCUUUCCCUCAAAGCUCAAGGAAGAACUUUUUAGUUUGGGUAUGUUUCUCAUAUUGUGUCAUGUUUUAUAAGGUCUAGUGUGAGGAGAUGUUCUCUGGACAGCUGGCAUGGGAGGAGCAGCCCUGCCAUUUAUCUUGCCUCCCCACCUCCCCCUUUAUCUGUGUGGAGGCUCUCCGAGGGCCAGAUGUUAACAAAUUACCUUAAUUAUUCCCACACCCCAUUCCUUUGGUGUGGCUCUGUACCACACCAUAUGCACCUCUGUAGGAGUCAAGUUGUAAAUGAAAUUCCCAAAGUUCACAGCUCAGAAGGUGAUGGAAAGUGCGUUUGAAAGCAAUGCCCUUAGAGGCCAUAUAUUCUGAGCUUUGUCAGGCAUAAGUACCACAAUCUGCACGGCUGCAACAGUGUAGGCAAUGUCUUAAUUACUAUAAUUAGCCCUGAAUCAAAGCCUAUCAUUGGAAGCAUAAUAAGCCCUGAGCACAAUAAGUUACAUUCUAAAAUAGCUGGCUGGGAAAAAAAUAAAGACAAUUUGGUAUACACAAAUGAGAAGCAAAGAGGUGCUAAGUACUUCAUUUAAUUUACACUUAAAAUUAGUAGUAGCUGUGGCUUGAUCUCUGUGCUUGAUAAUCUAUUCAAUAGACUGAAGAAGGGAUCUCCUGUUAUCCCUUAAAAUCACACAUUAAACUACUUACUGAAUACAUAUUUCACUCUUCUGCACAUUUCUUGCAUUCAGAAUUCUUCUGGGUAUUCUUUUCUUGCUUCUUCCUGAUCACUUUCCAGUAUUUUCCAUUGCCCUUCUUCAAUGUGAAUAAUGAUCACAAUCAAUAACUUCAUUCCUAUUUGUUCUACUUUGACCUAACUUUUUAUAUAAUCUGGAAACACGUCCCAUGCAACCUAAACCCUUUGUGGGACCUUAGGUAACCUUCUUGCCUUACAUUAUUCAUGCUUUGUGGAUUAACAAACAUAGGCAGUUUGCACUGUGAGCAAAUUAAUUCUCCCAUCUACCAUUUUUUAUUUCAGAAGAAGAGAGACAGAGAGGAGCUAUGAAUGCCUCAGAAGAAGAAGAGCCUGAAUGGGAACAUAAAAGGUUGUAGUUCUGUCAUAAACUCAAAACCGUCUCCUAUUAUCAAAGGUCAAAAACAUUAUCCACAUGUCAGCCAAAUUUAUAAAUACACUCUCCAUGGAGCUGAACCUAAAGUAUGAAAUAAAUAGUACACUGGGAGCUGUAAAGAUGAAUUAGGAGCAUGGGAACCUGAAACUCUUAGUUUAAUUGCUCCAUUAGGCAAGAAAAGGGGUGAUGUCUCCACAUUUAUGCACAGGAAAUUUGGGGGUUGUUUUUUUUUAAAAAACAUGAAAUUAUUGUAUAGCUUUUAACACAGAAUGUCAACGGGCUACAACGCAGAUUGCCCAAUGGGGAGUGCCAAAGUUUUAGAAUUUACCACACAGCAAGACAUUUGUAUUGGUUGCUGGCUGGUGGCUGCUUAGCAAUUGGAAAUCACCUUAAUUAUCAUCAGAAAAUGCUAUAAUUCAUAUAUACAAAACUGUCUUCUUCUCCCACCAAAUCAUGGAAUUCAGCAUGAAAUGGAUGGAAAAUGUUAAAAAAAGAUGCAAGUGAAAUUUUUGGACAGCACUAGGCAAAGUACAUAAAGUCAAUUAGAAAAACAAAGCACACACGUUUCUAAAACAGCAAGCCAUCUUCAGAAUAUAGGUAAUUUUGAACAGCAGUGGGCUUUAUCCUUUUCCCACAUUGAUGGAAUAACCACAAACAUACCACCACAUACCCUGGAAGUGGAGUCACCUAGCUUCUGAAUUUUACUGCACAGAAAUGAGCAGUCUGUUCUUUCUUGUUCUUGCUAAAGACUCCACAGGCCAGAUUGCUCUCAGAAGAAGUGGGUACUUUCUCCAUGUAACCCACAAGUGCAGGGUGACUCACACAAUGUGGCUAUUUUCUCACUGAGAGACAAUUACUGCCAUCAUAGCAGCACUUGGGCAGCACUAAUUAUAUUAAUUUCAGAGCAAUAUUACUAAGUAUGGCUUUCCUUCUGGCUGAGUGCAGAUGCAAUUUCCUUUUUCUGUCAAGAAAUCCCUGAACACCACCACACACACUUUCACAAAACCACAGUUCCCAGGAGUCCGUGUGCAGAGGCAAGGACCACCAUCAACCCACAGUUUGAAGCUGUGAUGUAGAUGUUACCAGGGUGAAAAAUCACCUGUACAUCAAUGGAUAUAACAGAGUAGCUUCUUGACCUAAUUGUGUACCUGGGGCAAGAUCAGUGCAGAACAACAAGCCACUCUUUGACUGUGGGAAUCAGACCCUUGGGAGCAAGCAAAUAUUUGAAUUUGCUUACGUUAAUUUGUGUGAUGAGGUUAACAUGAAUUUCCCCAGGAGGCUUGCAUAAUGUGCUUCAAAACAAAACAAAACCCUAGAGACAGAAACCAUUCAGGGCCAAAAUAGAUAUGAUGUGUGAAUACAAUUAACUUGUGCAUUAUUAUUUUUUGUCUGAGUAGCAUGGUCUGAGUAGCCUCAGGACUACAAGGUUGGGAGGAGAGGAAGGUUAACUCUUUCCCUCCCAGGAAAAACUGUAAUUCAAAGGAAACCUCCAUUAGUGCCAACAGUAGAUUCCUGUGGAUUCAAGUAGCAGCUUCAAAGAGGCACUCUUUGUUAGGACCAUAGCAGGGAGAGAAAGAAUUUAGCUUCCCUCCACCAUCUUCAUAGUCCAGAGGCUAUUUAGGUCUUCCCACAGUUGCUAGUCACAUUUUUUUAAAAAAAAAUCACUUUAAUUGCACUUAUGCACUUAUGCAAUUACAGUGGAACCUUGGUUCUCAUACGCCUUGGUACUCAAACAACUUGGAACCCAAACACUGCAAAUCUGGAAGUAAGUGUUCCGGUUUGCGAACUUUUUUCAGAAGCCGAAUGUGCUCCGUUUUGAGUGUUAUGCUUCCGAAUUGAGUGCAACACUUCCGUUUUGAGUGUUACUCUGAGGUCUGUCUGUUUUUGCUAUUUAUUUUGCGUUUUGUUUUUGCAGCUCUCUUUGUUUUUGUGACUGUGUGGAACCCAGUUCAGCUACUGAUUGAUUGGUUGUGUGACUGCAGUACAUUAUUUACUGCUUUCAUUCUAUGGAUCAAUGGUCUUGUUAGAUAGUAAAAUUCAUGUUAUAUUGCUGUUUUAGAGGUUGUUUUUAAAAGUCUGGAAUGGAUUAAUCCAUUUUGCAUUACUUCCUAUGGGAAGGUGCGCCUUGGUUUUGGAACGCUUUGGUUUUAGAAGGGACUUCCAGAAUGGAUUAAGUUUGAGAACCAAGGUACCACUGUAACUUUUUUGGCCCUUAAUCUCACAUGAUAUCCCACAUUACUCCCCCACAUCAGAUUAUUCAGUUUCCAAAAUGGCAGAUAGUAGAGGGGAUAUUGUAUGGAUUGAUGUUUAGUAAAAUGUUCCUUCUUCAUUUGUAACCUUUUCUUUACAAUUUAGAACAGAAUACCAAUAACAGUUGACUAUACUCAUUAUUGGGACGCGGGUGGCGCUGUGGGUUAAACCACAGAGCCUAGGACUUGCCAAUCAAAAGUUGGCGGUUCGAAUCCCCGCGACGGCGUGAGCUCCCAUUGCUCAGUCCCUGCUCCUGCCAACCUAGCAGUUCGAAAGCACGUCAAAGUGCAAGUAGAUAAAUAGGUACCACUCCGGCGGGAAGGUAAACAGCGUUUCCGUGUGCUGCUCUGGUUCGCCAGAAGCGGCUUAGUCAUGCUGGCCACAUGACCAGAAAGCUGUACACUGGCUCCCUCGGCCAAUAAAGCAAGAUGAGCGCCGCAACCCCAGUCAGUCACGACUGGACCUAAUUUAUACCCAUUUUAUACCCAUACCUUUUAUACCUUUUAUACCCAUUAUUAGGAAAUCUACCUGUCACCGUGGUCCACGUUUAAGAUAUUCAUUCAUUCAUUCAUUCAUUCAUUCAUUCAGGGAGCUGUAUGACUGGUUCCUUCAAAUCAAUAUGUGAAAUUCCUCUUCUUAACCAUUGCUUUCUCUUUAUGGUCAUUAUGCCAAAAUGGCAACAUAUUUUAGCCUUCCUAGAAACAGAAAGACUCCACAUCUCAACUACCAUUUUCUGAGUUUGCUCAUCUGAGCACUGGAUAAAAGCAGGGCUGAUUUUUUUUUGGUAACACUUAUUAAACAAAAGAAUAAAUGAAGAAACUUCCCCUCGGUUCACUGCAGCACGUCAGGGAUGAAAAUGUUUACUAACCCUUACCCUUCUGCAAAGUAUGUUGUGAAAUAUAAUGGCAGGUAUUAUUAGCAUAAUUACAAAGACCCACUUUUAAAUUGCUGCUAUCAAGUAAAAGGAUUACUCAUGCAUCUAUAAUAUUUUCCUUAAAGCAUCUUGGAAGAAUGCACAACUCAGCAGAAUCUUAGCUGUCUCUUAAUUACGUUCUACACAUAUCACUACAGAGAGAAUUGGGAACGAAUCGCGAUUUCAACUGGUGCAAGAUUGGAAUGGUCCUUGAAGCAUCAUUAA